GUAGUGUCUUGUGGUGGCAGAUUCGCCUUACCAAGGUCAGUGUGUAUAUUUUGUGGUCGUAUCUUUAAAAUAGAUAUAACCUACAAAUGUCCAGCAAUGUGUAGAAUAGUCAUUAUAGAAUGUUUAUGUUGUAGUUACUAAGCAUGAUAUCAUCGUGUGCAUAUACUUGUAGAAUCUAAUGAACACUUAUGAUAUGCGAGACCAUGACUAACAAAUAUUCUGUGAUGACUAUUCCUCAUUUACAGUCGGUGGGUUUGCUACAAGAUGAGUGCUGAAAAAGAUGUGGAUCAAAUUGAUACGCCGGAUUCUGUGAAAAAUGCUGUUCCAAAUCAUGGAUAUUCUCUUCGUAAGGGCGACUUCGCCCAACGGCCCAUGUCCAUUAAAAAGUUUCUCGAGCCUUUCGACCACAGCAGCUUAACAAAUAAUGAGGCUGGCGAGAAAUAUGCAGCCUAUAAAGCAAGUUUCGCUCGCCAACAGUUGGAAGAGUUUUUCGAAAGGAACAAAUCGUAUGCUUGGUUCCGCGAGAAAUAUCAUCCAGAUUACCUCACAGAAUCAUCGUCCAGCAUGAAGUUGUUCCGAAGACGUUUAGAUAUUUUUAUGGAGUUUUAUAGAAAUGGUUAUUUUGACAAUCUACAUCUAGCCAGCGGUUAUGAAAGUGAAAUUGUCCGGCUGUUAGAUAUGGUUGCGAUUAAACUGGCUGGUGGGACGGAAGAGGACUUUGUUCUUUUGGACAAACUACUCGAAGAUAGAAUUUCUGAAGAUCCCAACGUGAUCAUUGAGCCAUCGAAUUUUCAACAUACAGAAAAUGUUAAACCGAACGACAAUAUAGUUCAGUCAUCAGAUAUACGAGAAGGACCAUUUGAUAAGGAGAAAUUUGAUGCGAGCACUAUGAAAAAAAAGCCUAAACCAGAUUAUUGCGAUUCUUCAAAAAUCCAGAAGCGUAAAGAGUUUAGAAUUAAAAGACGUCAAAAUAAUGCAGAUGAAGAGGAGGAAGGCGAAGAUAGUAGUUUAAGUGAUGAUGAAAGUAAUGAUAGUGGAAGUGAUAGCGUAAACAGUCAUAGUAGAGAUUCCAGUUCAAGUAAUAAUAAUAGUACUAGUGGUAGUAGCAGUAGUAGCGAUAGUAGUGACGACGAUAAUGGUAGCAGUAAUAGCAGCAACAGUAGUAGUAGUACUGACGACGAUGAUGAUGAUAAUAAUAAUAAGGAACACCAAAGGAAAGUUAGCAUAUCUAAAAGCAAUAGCAGUGAUAGCAGUGAUGGUGAGACGGUUGUAAAACACAAGAAGAAGCGUUCUAAACUUGUUAAAAAUAAGAAUGUCCAAGAAAAUUCUGGUCAUAGUGGUGACCGUCAUCGUCGCCGUCAUCACCGUCAUCAUGAUGAUAAUAAUAACAAUCACGAUAAUGUGCACAACAAAGUUAAUCCCAUUUCAACUAACCAUUUAUAUAACAAUGAUCAUAACGACCAACAGAAUAAAAGUGAUUGUUCAAAAGUAGUGCCUGAUGAAAUCAACACAAUGUCUUCUACGAAAUCACCUAAUACGACAGGGUCAAAUCAAUCGAAUGAAGUUUAUGUACUAUCAGGGUUGACAGAUCCACCUUAUGUUGCUGGUGGUGUUGUUAUUAGUGAUGAUACUCAUAAUAAUAGUAUUACUAAUGAUGGCGAAAAAUCUAUGGAUUUCGAUAAUCUAACAAUAGAGAAAUCAGCAGAUCCAAUAAAUAAAGAUGAAUUGAAGGAAUUAAUUGUCACAAAUGAACAAACUCGUCGACCCAUUCAUUAUACAAUUUUACUAUUUUUUCCACAUAUUCCAUUCAAUAUAUUCAAACGAGAUUUAAUAUCUGUACUUUCCACUUGUCCACAUUUCUUACGUUUAGCUAUCUUAGAUCCCGUUAUCAUGCCGGAUACAGUGUCAUCAAUAACAGAUGAUCAAAUAUUCGGUAGGGUGAAAAAUCCUAUGCCUAAAAUUUUACUAAAACGUAUGGGAUGGGCAUCAUUUACUUCACAGUAUAUAGACGAUGUUAACAAUAAGUGGAUUAGUAUAGAUUUAAUCGCUAUAAAAAAUAAAUUAAUUGAAUACGCGGUUGAUCGUGAAGCUUCAAGUGAUUUAAUUGAGUGUUUACGUUUGUCGCGACCAAUUUUGGAUCAUUUGAAAGUACCACAUGAAGAACGUGCUCGAAAGACUGGACAUUUGUUCGAUAAGUUAUUAAGUGUAUGUCCAACUCGUAUUCGUUCAAAAGCUUUAGCACGUCGUCAUCUAGUGAUAGCAGCACGUGUUAUUUAUGAUUUCGACAAGGCUAGAGGUUUGUGGUCAACAACAGAGUAUGAUACUAAUGAUAAUAGAAAGAAUGAUAACAAUAUGUCAGCAGAUAAAGAAGUGGGGAAAGGAGAACAUAUCAACUUGAGACGUCAUGGAGAAGUUUCCUCUAUCGUUGACGAUGGUGAAGAAGAAGGUGAAGAUGGUGGCGGUACUACUACUAGUGAACAAAAGGAGAAAAUUUAUAAAGAGACGUUGACGAUCAAUAAAUUGUCUCUUCAAAAUAACUUAAGCGAAAAUGAUAUCAAUCAUUCAAGUAAUCAAGAUCGGUCAAUGGAUAUAGAUCAAUCUCUUGAAAAUGAAGAAACAAUGGAAGAACAAAACAAUGAUUCAGAUGUGAAAGAAUCAUCUCAUCAGAAAACACAUAAGUCAUCAUCAUUACAAGACAGUAAAAAUUCUAGUGACGUAUCUAUGCUUUCAGAUGAUGAGAAACAAGGUGAUUUUAUUGAUCCUGGUGACGACUUAAUAAAGGCGGCAAAUAUAUUAAAUAGUAUAAAAACAAUAAAUCCUCUUCUGCAGGGUUUAACUGAUUAUCUUGUCGACGAGGGAAAUGCUGAAGAAGAACUUCUUUUACUAGGCGGUAUGCAAUCUAUUUCAUUUCAACCAUCUUCAAUAACAAAAGGAACACUAAUGAAUAAUUCACAAAUGAUUAAUUUACACUCAUCAUUACAAUUACAACAACUUGAUAUAUCUUCACGAUUCUGUGAAUCAGAUGAUAGUGAAUUAUUAGUUGUAUUGGAUCGUUUAAUUUUAUAUUUAAGAAUAGUACAUUCAGUAGAUUUUUAUGCACCGGCAUUUUAUAUGAAUGAAGAUUUAAUGCCACAUCCAUGUCGUCUUAUACAUAUUCGACCGGGUUUAAAUGAAAUAACCAAAGCUUUAACACAAGUUAAAAGUCCAGAGAAAUUAAUCAAUUCAGAAUCAGUUGAUCAUUUAUUUGCCAGUCAAAUAAAACGUUUAGUACGACUCAUUACUCCGCUCACAGAAAAUGAUUGUAAAGGUUUGGGUUAUAGAAAUGCAGAUGAUGUUGUGGAAGAAUUCAUAAAAUUGAAUACACGUCGGAAAAAACGAAAGGCCGAUGUGAUAUGGGUUUGCCCAUUGUCAAAUAAGAAGUUCCGAGAUCCAAUCUACGUUAAGAAACAUAUUCUCAAUAAACAUAUGGAAAAGGUUGAAGCUGCCAAGAAAGAUAAUGCCUACUUUUUCAACAACUAUCUUAUGGAUCCUGCCCGACCCCAGUUGCCUCCUGAGCCAAGAUCUCCUAGAAGGCGAUCUCGGUCACCCUCACCAUCUCGUCGAACUGCUAGAGAAUCAAGUCAUCUAGCUAAUGAAACCAGUGAACGAGAACGUUCUAAUUCUUGGGCACAAGGAUCAAAUAACUUCCAGUCACAAAGAUGGCAGCAGUAUGGACGCAAUCGCAAUGAAGGUGGAAAUAUGGGAGGGAAUUAUGGACGGGAUAAUAUACACAGUAACUUACCAUUCUACCCUCGACCAUAUGGUCGCCAACAGUAUUCGAAUUUCCGAAUUCCAUAUGGUGGUAGCAAUCAACGUAGUUAUUAUAAUGGUCCACGAACUGGUGGAUAUAACUUUAAUCGACGUGGCUAUCCAAGACGGUCGUAUGUUGAUCUGGAUGCGCCUUGAAUGAAUAUCUCAUUUUAUUUGUGUGCAUUAGAUAAUGACAAAUUUUGUUGUUUCCAGUCCGCAAUAAUCUCUAUGUAUUUUGUAUAUAAUUCAUAUCAAGGAAAACAGCAACUAAACCCAACACUUAUCUUUUGUACUCAUAACUGCACUACUACUAUUCCUCGU